AUGCCAGUGAAAAAAAAUAGAUGUCGCUGUAAAGCAAGCUUGCUCGACAAACGAACGAAAUGUAACUUGUCUUCUUUUUACCUUAUUUAUUGCAAACAAGGCUUAGAGGUGGAGAAUGUCACGUCUACUGAUGAUACUAUUUCGGUUACAUCACGUGCCGAAGAAAUCAAUCCGUCAACCCCCUUCACAACAGAUUUCACGCAACUUGAAAAUAAUUCAACACCACAUUCCAAUGAAAACGUGCCCUACGUCACAGACAAAAUACCUACGGCAUCGUCGCCCAAGCUUUCACCGCUUCAAUGCAUUCCACGUAACAAGGCCUUCUGCAGCAAUCACCACAAUUACACUUACACCUUUUAUCCAAAUUUUGCGGGAGACAAGUCCGAACAUGAUUUCAACGCUAGCUGGGCAUUCUACCAGACGAUCAUAGAUUCCCAGUGUCACCCUAUGAUUGAAAAAUUUAUCUGCCUAGCAGUGCAACCUGAAUGUCGCCCAGAUGGCAAAAGCAUAGGCCUCUCUCGUAAGCUUUGCCACGAAAUUGUAAACGACUGCGAUCCUUAUUUCUGGUCUGCAUUGGAAAAAGAGAGAAUCAUGUUGAAUUGCGACGGGCUGCAUGUUGACUCGACCGAUCAGAAUCUGCGCCAGAGUUCGGGGCUCAACACUCCAAGCUAGACGUUGGUUUCGAAAUCUAGGCUUUAGAUUAGUUCUUGACCAUUACGGGAAAGAAAAAAUUUUCAAUUUCAAUGAAGAAAUUAUCAUUUCAAUGACACACGAAGAGAAGACAAGUAUGUGACUUCCAAGUAGCGAAACUUGGAACGAAAGGGUACUUGAUAACAUUCCCGCCUUAAUUGAUUUUCACGUCUUCCCCCACCCAAAGUAUGGGGGACGUCGUUUCCAUGAUGUCGGUCGCUGUAGAAAUGGCGCCAAAAGUUUUCGUCUGUUUUUGAAAAUAUACAUUCACUUUACCCAA